ACAAAUGAAAAUUCUGCAAGUGAUUUUGCAAAAUUUGUGAAAUGUAUCGCCUUUCCUCUUUAUUUGAUAUUGAACAGUGCAUCUUUUGAUUGGAUCCACCAUUGAGACUAAUGACUGUGUGUUUAAGGCGUGUUUCUAUAAUUUGGAAUUUGGAAGUGUCUCUGAGUAUUGCUUUUUCUGAUUGAAGAAACUAAAAAAGCUACUUUAUCGUGCUACUUUUGGAAUGCAAACAUGUUGCAUAGGUGAUGAGGACUUCAUAUUUAGUACAUAUCCAUGGCAUAUAGUGGGAAUCCUCUGUUCAGUUUAUGAAAUUUCUGUUGAAAUUUUUUGUACCUUAUUUUCUUUCUAAUUUCUGUAGUUAAUUCUGAACCUAAGAAUAUAAAGGAGGAGAUAUUUCUUAGACUUAGGGUUCUGACUCAUCCAUUGUGGUACACGAAAGAACUAACUCUGGAAAGGGUAUUUCCAGAAAUUACCUGGAGGAAUUUUUACUCUUUUACACUGGGAUUUGGAAAGGGGCUUGAAGCAGCGAAAUGUCUGUUUCUAAGCAAGAUACUUGAGGGCUGAGUAUGAUCCUAAAAAUGAUCUACUAGAUGAAGAAUUCAUGCUUAAAGGGAAAUGGUACCAAAGGAGGGAUCUGGAGGUUAAAAAUAGUAGGGAUGAUGUUCUUAAAUGUACCCAUUAUAUGCCUCUUAUUCGUCCAGAAGGAAAGCCACUGCCUUGUGUGAUUUACUGUCAUGGAAACAGCGGAUGUAGAGCAGAUGCCAGUGAAGCUGCUAUUAUAUUAUUGCCACUAAACAUAACUGUUUUCACCCUUGACUUUUCUGGAUCUGGACUUUCUGGAGGCGAGCACGUUACAUUGGGUUGGAAUGAAAAGGAUGAUCUCAGAGCUGUGGUUGAAUAUCUGAGGACAGAUGGCAAUGUUUCUUUGAUUGGCUUGUGGGGUCGUUCAAUGGGUGCAGUUACUAGCCUCAUGUACGGUGCUAAGGAUCCAUCCAUUGCUGGAAUGGUUUUAGACAGCCCCUUCUCUGAUUUGGUUGAUUUGAUGAUGGAACUUGUAGACACUUACAAAAUCCGGCUGCCCAAGUUCACUGUAAAGUUUGCAAUCCAAUAUAUGCGCAGAGCGGUCUUAAAAAAGGCAAAGUUUGACAUAACCGAGUUGAACACAAUUAAGGUGGCAAAGUCAUGCUUCGUCCCUGUUUUACUGGGUCAUGCCGUUGAUGAUGAUUUUAUACAGCCCCAUCACUCUGAUCGUGUAUUUGAGGCGUACAUGGGGGACAAGAAUAUUAUAAAAUUUGAGGGUGAUCACAACUCUCCACGCCCACAGUUUUAUUUUGAUUCUAUAAGUAUCUUCUUCAACAAUGUUUUGCAACCACCAGAGGAUGAAGCAGGGGGUGCAUUCUUUGACAUGCCACAAGAUUAUUUUGGCAAGGGCAGUUGGAGUACAGUCCAUGAAGUUGACUUUAUGGAUGAUGUCCAUGAUGUUGCAGCUGCACCAACUAGUAGAACUGAAGAUGUAAUAAAGCAGGUUCGCUCCAAAAGACCCAUGAGUCGGACAGAGGUCCCGUCUGACAUAUCUGCGCAGGAUAGCCAGACUGAAGACCAGGAAGAAGGUACUGGAACCGACUCUGCCCCAUCAUCUUCAAAAAUGAUCAGCUUUGAUCUUUCCAAUGGUGACCCGUUGGGUCCCAAUGUUCCUGCAUCAAUAGAUGAUGAUGACUAUGUGGAAUACUCACUUGAUAGUUUGGCAGAUUUUCCUAGUAAUGUGGAGGAAGAAGAAAGGAUGUUAAUGAAAGCAGUACUCGAGUCUUUAAAAGACUUGGAGGUAAAACCUCCUCCAGCCGAGCAAGCAUCCUCAAAAGUUGUCGAAGAACUUCCUCAACCUUUGCAGGACAGUAAAGAGGAGUCAGCUUCUACAAAACAAUGUACUCCCUCAAAAGAAAUUAGUGCUAGUCCCAUUGUUUCUAAUGGACAUGAUUCAGACGCCAAAGUCCAAGUUCAAGAUACUGUUAAAGUAUCAGUAACACCAGCUAACAGUACUUUAUCGGCGAAAGAAGUGAAAAGCAACGGGACUUCUUCUCAUCGUGACAUGUCUGUCAGCAGUCAAAGUUCGUCCAGCGUUGACAUGGUUGAUGGUACUAAAGCCACUGUGACCGUUGUGAAGAACCCAACAAGUAAUAUCAUGGAUGGUUUAUUGCGUCGUUGGGAUCUCAACUUUUUCAAGAACAGAUAAUGGUUAGACGAUUGACUUUUUACAAAGACGUGUAGCCGAAAAAGUUAUAGCGGUUAAAGAAAUUUGCUGUUCGCUGGAUGUACAUUUUUGGGGGGAGUAAAUAUUUGUACUUUCUGUCAGGGGUGGUAAGUUGUGGCAGGUGGUUGUGGGAAAUGGAGGGGGUGGGUUCGGUUGUCGCUGAUUUACAUAGGUCUUCCUUGAUUGGUACAAGUGAUUCAGCUUGUAUAUGUAUUCCCAAUGUGAAGAGAUUAGGCUCAUAGGCCCAUUGUUUGUUGUAAAUUAUGGAUUACCAAAAUGUGUUAUGUAGAUGUACAGGUGAUGACAAUUUUUUCAUGACAAUCUUGCAAUUGUUAGCACUCUCAAAUUUCUCUAUUUUAUUCAGUUUUAUA